AUGGAAGAGGAAGACCCAGAAUGGCCUGGAACAGUCCAGAGAGCAAGGAAAGGCCCCCAUCCCAUCCAGGCUGGGAAUGCUGUUGAAUUCUGGGAAAGAGCUGUGCCACAAGUCCUGGAUCAGGACUCUGUGAUCUCAGAGGAACAUCAUCAAUGCUUCCGUCACUUCCGCUACCAGGAGGCUGAUGGGCCCCGAGAGAAGUGGAGCCCCUCCAUGAAGACUGAAGUUAACUUCUCUGAGGUAGAAGGAUCUCCGCCAGAGGAUGGGCAAAGGGUGCAGGUCCAGGAGCGUGCCCAAGAUUCCCUCUCACGCAGUGAAGGCAUGCUGUCGAGCCACCAUCUUUGCGGAGGAGUAGAAAUGGCUGCUUCACCGCCAGUCCAGUGUGGAAAAUACUUCAAAUACAGAUCACGGCUCCUUGUACACAAAAGAAUACACACAGAGGAAAAACCCUUUGAAUGCUCAGAGUGUGGAAAGAGAUUCAGUCGGAGUGACACUCUUCAACAGCAUCUAAGAAUCCACACAGGGGAGAAACCUUUUGAAUGCUCAGAAUGUGGAAAGAAGUUCCAUUGGAAUCUCAGUCUUCAACAACAUAUAAGAACCCACACAGGAGAGAAACCUUUCGAAUGCUCAGAGUGUGGAAAGAGAUUCAGUCAGCGUGGCCAUCUUCAACAGCAUCUAAGAACCCACACAUUGGAGAAACCUGUUGAAUGCUCAGUGUGUGGAAAGAGAUUCAGUCGCAGUUUUAGUCUUCAACAGCAUCAAAGAACCCACACAGGGGAGAAACCUUUUGAAUGCUCAGAGUGUGGAAUGAAAUUCACUGUGAAUUCCAGUCUUCAAAUUCAUCAAAGAACCCACACAGGGGAAAAACCUUUUGAAUGCUCAGAGUGUGGAAAGAGAUUCAGUCGGAGUUCUGGUCUUCAACAGCAUCUAAGAACCCACACAGGUGAGAAACCAUUUGAAUGCCCAGAAUGUGGAAUGAAAUUCUCUGUGAGUUGUAAUCUUCAAAUGCAUGUAAGGACUCACACAGGGGGAAAACGUUUUGAAUGCUCAGUGUGUGGAAAGAGAUUCAGUCGCAGUUCCAGUCUUCAAAUGCAUCAAAUAAUCCACACAGGGGAGAAACCUUUUGAAUGCUCAGAGUGUGGAAAGACGUUCCAUUGGAAUCUCAGUCUCCAACAGCAUCAAAGAUCACACAGCAGAGAGAAACCUUUUGAAUGCUCAGAGUGUGGAAAGAAAUUCAGUCGGAGUUCUGAUCUUCAAAAGCAUCUGAUAAUCCACACAGGGGAGAAACCUUUUGAAUGCUCUGAAUGUGAAAAGAGAUUCAAUAGGAGUUGCAAUCUUCAAAAGCAUCGAAAAAUCCACACGGGGGAGAAACCUUUUGAAUACUCACCAUGUGGAAAGUGA